UUGUUUUUGUAGACAGUCAAUAUAUAAAUAAAAGAAAAAUAUUUAUAUUUUGUAUCGCACAGUUUUGCGAUAAUGUCCUUCCACUGGAAUUGUGGGAAACGGAUAACAUUGUCUAAUAACAAUACCACAGCGACCCGAAGUUUCAAUGAAUUCAAUCAUGGACUAGUGUUAAGUGCCGCUCCUCUCGAGGACAAUGUCUUAUUUGAAGUGCGAAUCGAUCAGAAGGUGUCGUCAUGGAGUGGCAGUAUCGAGAUCGGUGUUACGUCCGUUCAUCCGGAAACUGAACUGCCAGCUUGUGCCACAAAAAUGUCGAAUGGAACUUGGUUAAUGGCCGGGAUCAGUAUCCUCAAAGACGGCUGUUCUCUAGUCGAAGCAUAUGGCAUUGAUUUGGACAAAUUGAAAGAGGGUGACCGAGUCGGUGUUAUGCGAACGUCUCAAGGCGAUCUGAUAUUUUACAUAAAUGGUGAAUCGCAAGGAAUCGCAGCCAAUAACAUCCCUAAUCCAGUGUACGCGCUCGUCAAUUUAUACGGAAAAUGUGUUCAGGUUUCGAUGUAUCCACCGUUGGACCAACAAUUUCAGACCGAUUCUAUUGACGUUGUCGAAGACGUGAACAUACGAAUGCCUAUCGACGUUCAGGUUUCGCAUCCGUCGUCUCUGCAUUUAGGUGGAGGAGGUGAUAUAACGGACAUCAAUGAUCGUUUACGUUUUCACAAUCGUUGUGGAUCCUUGGUCAAAUUAAGUGCAAAUUGUCGUACAGCAGAACGACGACGUCCACUGGAUGAAUUCAAUAAUGGCGUUGUCAUGACACAUCGACCGUUAAAGGACAACGAAUUAUUUGAGAUUCGUAUCGAUAAACUGGUCGAUAAAUGGUCCGGUAGUAUCGAAGUUGGUGUUACAACACAUAAUCCAACAGCGUUACAUUUUCCAGCUACAAUGACAAACAUGAGAAGUGGAACCAUAAUGAUGUCCGGUUCGGGCAUUCUCACCAACGGGAAAGGAAGUCGUCGCGAAUAUGGUGAAUUCAAUUUGGACGAAUUGCGAGAAGGCGAUCGCGUCGGAAUGAUGCGAAAAUCGAACGGAAAUUUGCAUUAUUACAUCAACGGUCAGGAUCAGGGAGUGGCGUCGACUCGUGUCUCUGCCACAUUAUGGGGCGUUAUCGAUCUGUAUGGCAUGACCAUAAAAGUGACCAUUGUCGAUCGCGAUGAACGAGAGCAGCAGAAUUUGGUCACGCGCCGCAACAAUUUGAUGACACUGCAAACUUGUUCGGAGGAGAUUGGUGUACACAGUCCGGAAGCGGAAUUCAUUCAGAACAAUGAUCGGUUGACAUUUCAUCAAAUUUGUGGAACGCAUGCACUGGUUACGCAUAGCGGGCGUACAGCCUUAAGGCCAAACGCUUCCGACGACUUCAACAAUGGCGUUGUGCUGACCAGACGUCCUUUACGGCCGAAUGAAAUUUUCCAAGUUCGAUUGGAACGUGUGGUGACCAAGUGGGCGGGCAGCAUCGAAGUCGGCGUAACGACUCAUUCACCGAACGAAUUGGAAUUUCCGUUCACGAUGACGAAUGUCAGUUUAUUAAUCAGAAGUGGCACUUGGAUGAUGACUGGGAAUGGUGUGAUGAUGAAUGGGACUACGGUUAUCGAACAGUAUGGUCAGAAUUUGGAUCGAUUGCAAGUUGGUGAUCGUGUUGGCGUUGUUCGAAAAGAUGAUGGAACGUUGCAUUUUUGGGUGAAUGGUGUUGAUCAGGGGCCAGGAGCUUUAAAUGUUCCAGAACGAGUGUAUGGAGUUAUUGAUCUCUAUGGGCAAGCUGCACAAGCUAGUAUUAUUGAUACGUCCGAAUGCGGUAGUCCUGACACUGGUAAUUCAACCAUUUCCAACACAACGCUGUACAGCAGCGAACCGAAAUUAAGAUUUCACACGUCAUGCUACGGUCGAAAUGCUCGCAUUUCCAACGGAGGUCUCACGGCCAGUCGACCGAAAGCUCUAGCAGAAUUUAAUGGCUCGAUAGUGUUCAGCAAUCGUCCACUGAGAUAUCGCGAACUAUUCGAGGUUGUUUUGGAGACGAUGAUUGACCAUUGGAAUGGAAGUGUUGAAAUUGGCCUGACCGGAAUCAGACCCGAUGAAAUAACAAUGGCUAGCACAGCCACUGAUUUGGAACAAGAUACGAUAAUGAUGUCAGGCAGUACGCUAAUGUACAAUGGAGUACUGGUCCGGCAUGACAUGCCGUUUGAUCUGGAUAGUUUAACGACUGGUUCACGAAUCGGCGUCAUGAAAAACGGUCAUAACAUUCACUUCUUCGUGAAUGGGGAAGACCAAGGACCGGCGUAUGAAUGUCCUAUUCAAAAUAUGCACGCCGUGGUCGAUUUGUACGGACAGUGUGCUCAGGUGAGUAUCACCAGCGGAGCAGACAUACGAGCACCGUACGCAACCAGCGAAAAUUCUCAGAGCUUGCAAGCAACGUCGGUCAUCCAGCCAAUGUUGAUCGAGUCCAAGCAUCGUUGGUCAUGCAUAUCGGGCAAUGUAACCCUUUCGCAAAAUUGGACAUAUGCCAGUCGUUGCACAAAUUUAUCGUCAGCUCUGUCGCGAUGUUUAAUAUUUUCGGAGCAUCAUUUAACGCCGGGGGAACCAUUUGAUAUUAAAAUUACCGAAUACAAUAGUCUGCUAGCCGGAUGUUUAAAAGUCGGCGUUACGGAUCUCAACUUAACCGAUGAACAUGUUCGCAAAAAUAUUCCCGUUUGCAUGAAAAAGAUCCCGGGCAAUGUGUGGUACGUGUCGGGCAAUGAAAUUCGUCACAACUCGAAACUGCUACAACGUUCGAUGGCCUCGCUGGAAUGGCUUCGUGUCGGCGAUCGCAUCACUCUCGAUUUGACAUCGUCGCGAACGCUGAAAAUUCUCUUGAAUUCGGAGGACAUGAACAUCAAUUUUCCAGUCGUUGGAUCCGACGUGUACGCAGUGGUUGAGCUGAUUGGCACGACAAUGGCGUGUCAGGUGAUUUCGUCGCAAGGACCAGCAUCACCACUUCGUCCAUGCAGUUUGCGUUUGCAGGAUUCGUUGGAGUGUGUGGAGAAGAGUUUCUAUAAUCAAGACUCGAUGCUGGAAUCGAUUGAAUCGGAAGCAUUGUUCUUUGAAUUCGGCGAAAGUCACGGGAAAAACAUUCAAUUAUCCGACGAUAAACGAACUGCCCAUCGAUAUCAGGGAUAUAAUCACGGAAUCGUCUGCGUCACGAAACCAUUGUGCAAAGGACAUAGUAUCAGUGUACGAAUCGAUCAAAUUAACACCAAGUGGAAGGGGACAAUUUUACUGGGCGUCAUCGGCGUUACACCAAAUAAUUUCAUUUUCCCUUCAUCGGCGAUAUUAUUGAAGAGACCCUGCUGGAUUGUAACGCACGAUUACACCAACAUUAACGGCAAUAAAAACCAAACGAAAUACGGCGAACUACUGAACUCCAUCCAGAAGGACACCGUAAUCACAAUCAGCUUUUCGUUUUCGGGAAAUCUGUCGGUUACCGUUGGCCAGAAGACUUUAGACGAUUUGGCGUCCGGUUUGCCACACCAUGUGUAUCCAAUAUUCGAUUUGUAUGGCAGGUGCGAAAAGUUGACCAUUUUGAACACGGAACAGAAGAAUGGCAGUCCCAUCAAUGAGGAAGUGUUACCGGCUACAACAAGUCAUGCACUGAGUCUGGAUUCGGAUAGGAAUGUGCCACAAUGUGAGAAGGCUGAUCUGGAAAUUCAUGAAAAAGAAACGGAUACAUCGUUGCCGUCCAGCAGCUUGGUUGGCACUUCAAUUAUGGCUCGAUCUGUUGCAGAAAGCGUUUCCGAAAAUCUGUUGAUGAACAUUUCGAUCAAAAAUCGUUCUGUCGAAACCAAAAACGACUUUCCUACCAACUCAUCCGCUUCGUCAUGUUGUUUGCGAGAUUCACUGCAACUGCAACAUUCCACCAAUUUGAAUAUCCAACGAAGCCAAAGUACACACCGUUUCAACAAUGGCGGUUUGAAUUGCUUGGACAAUAAUCGCGAACAAGACACAAAUCAAAUAGGCGAUGAGGCAGUCGAGGAUGAAAGUGUAGAAUAUGCAGAAGCACGUAGCGGGUCGAUAACAUACGAUACCAAUCUCGCGAUCGAUUCGGAUGACAAUGACGUCGACGACGAAUCAAACAUAAACCCGCAACAACUCCUACUUGAUGCUUUCGAAAGGUACAAGCAGGCUACAUCCUCGUCCGAUAAUUACGGGAACCCACAGCAAAGAAACGAACCAUUAUCGCUUGAUUUGAAUACUUCAUCUGGUGAAGCAUACAACACUUCGUUUAGUAGUCUUCCAGCCAUUAGUACGAAGGACUGUGAUUAUUUAAAGUUGGUCAUGGGUUUCCAAAGGACUUUAGUAAUACCGGACGCGUUUUUUGUUAGCGACACCCCCAUCUGUUACUGUCGGAAAUGCGUCACCAGUGAAAGUACUUCGGUGCUGACGGGUUGGAUUCGGUUCAAAAUUAAUCAAUUCAUCACCAAUGCCAAUCUGCCCACAACCUCAGCUGUCGAAAAUAGUGGCAGUGCCGAUUGGACUACGGCAUUCUACUUGACUAGAGUCGAUAAAAUUCGUGCGAUAUUGGAUCACGGUCAGCCGUUGCCAAUUGAUACAUGUGAGGGAAGCGGUGGCCAUCAGAAAGACGAUUCCGGUUUGGGCGGCCACCUAAAUCUGCUGUCAGUUCCGAAUUCGCCAGCCAAACCGCCGACGAAUUUCACACAUCGUUACAUGUCCGGCCGGACUGUUUAUUCGAUUGACACAGCAUUCGAGGUGCGCGUGCGGACUCAGUCGUUAUGCGUGGCUGAAUUAAGCGAAGGCGAUGGAAGUGGUUCGAGUAUGUUUAGCGAAAGCGUUCAAAAGUGGACAACCAAAGAAGCUGGAGCGUGUGUACUAACUGCACUGUUGUUGAAACUGACGCCAGUUGAAAUGCAAGAGGGUUAGAUCACUGCAUUAUUGUGGAAUUGAUUCCUAUAUGGUUAUUUGUUGACCACUGUACACAUUGUGAUCAUUAGAAUUUUAAUCGAAAGAGAAAA